AUGAAGCUGACAAAGACAGAUGUGGAUGUUCUGCAGCAGCUCGGGCUGUCUGGGAGAAGGGCAGGGGAAUCUUCGGGUCCUCGAUCGGUCCCUAACGGCAUCAUCCCCUUCAAGUCUGGAGUCAUCCUCACCCAGAGGGCCCGUGUCCAGGUUCCUCUGCACACUGUCAUUCCUGCUGCCUACAGCUCCACCAACCUUUCCCUGAUCCUCAGCCUGUCUGCCCACCGCAUCAACAGUGCCUUCCUUUUUUCAGUCCUGUCUAAGAAAAGGAAACUGCAGCUUGGAGUGCAGUUCAUCCCGGGGAAGGUCCUGGUACAUGUGGGGCAGAGGAGCUCUGCGAGUUUCGACUAUGAUGUCCACGAUGGCCACUGGCAUAAUCUGGCCUUGGAUAUCCGAGGCCAGCAGGUGCUCUUUUAUGCUUCUUGUGGAAAGAAAAGUGUACAUGCAGAUUUACAUUCUAAAAAAGAGGAGGCACUCGAUCCGGAGGGCUCUUUUCUGCUGGGCAAGAUGAACCAGAACUCGGUGCCGUUUGAAGGUGCCAUUUGUCAAUUUGACAUCUAUCCCUCUGCCAAGGCAGCUCAUAACUAUUGUGAUUAUAUUAAGAAACAUUGCAGAGAGGCUGACACAUAUCGGCCCAUUUUUCCGCCCCUGCUACCUCUGUUUCCCACAGACCCAAACAUUACUGUCACCCACAUCACCCCGCUGUCAUUGACGGAACUAUCCAAAAAGACCCAUCGGCCUACUUUGGCCUUGACCGAGGAAAAGACCAGGACUACGUUUCUUGUUCCAACUGAUCGCUCACUGGUGCUGAACAAAAUGUAUCAGGCUUCGAUUACACCAAAACCCGGUACUAUAUCUGUCUCUCCACCUGUUCGUCCAGGGCUGGAACGCCCGUUUAAGUUUGCUACUCAAACUGUUACUGCAUCUCUUAGGACCAGCGUGACACCAGCAAACCCGAAAGCUACAUCGCAUGGCGGCACCGUGAAGAACACAAAGCAAGGAGGAGAUAUUAGCACCCAGAAACCCUCUGGGGACAGCAUGGCUUUACAUGCUUCCACCAGGCCACCAAAGACAAAGCCAAAUCUCCAGACCACAGCUGCUCCCACACAGGGGUCUUCUUCAAAUACCUACCUUCUCCACAAGAGGCAACUGACCACAGUAGCUCCAAAGAAACCUGAGCCAAAAGUGACCAAGAUGCAGGACGUGAAACCCACCUCGCUUAUUCCAGUCACUCCAGCUGCAACAGAUGGCUUCCAAACAUUUGAUGUGGAACCAACCCAAUUCUCACUGCUGGCUGGACCACCUGGACUAAAGGGAGAACCAGGACCAGCGGGCCUUCAAGGACCUCCAGGGAAGCCAGGGCUACCAGGGAAGAGGGGCCCCCGGGGUCCUCCUGGCCCACAUGGGAACCCUGGUCGCCCCGGACCUCCUGGAGUGAAGGGACAAAAGGGAGAUCCUGGAUUAUCCCCUGGUCGAGCCCCAAAAGGACUAAAAGGGGAGCAUGGUGUAAUUGGGCCUCCUGGACUGCCUGGCCAAGAUGGACGAAAGGGACAGAAAGGUCAUCCUGGUCCCGUUGGUCUCCCAGGCGAGCCCGGCACACGGGGAGACGAUGGAAGCCCUGGGGCCAAAGGUUAUCCUGGCAGGCAGGGUUUACCUGGGCCUGUAGGGAAAAUGGGGCCUAAAGGAGCCAGGGGUCACAUAGGCAUUCCUGGGCUUUUUGGCCUUCCCGGACCCGAUGGCGAGAGAGGAAUUCCUGGUGUUCAUGGGAAGAAGGGCAAGAUGGGUAGGCCGGGGUUUCCUGGUGACUUUGGAGAGAGGGGACCACCUGGCCCUGAUGGGAACCCAGGUGAGCUGGGAGCUCCUGGCCCAUGUGGAGUCCCUGGUCUUAUUGGAGACAUGGGCCCUGUUGGCAUGAUGGGCUUACCAGGACCCCCAGGACUGAAGGGAGUACCAGGAAACCCAGGGGACCCAGGACUGAAAGGUGAUAAGGGGGAAGUCGGCUUACCAGGAGAACCAGGGGAGUCUGGCUUCCAAGGGGACAAGGGUAUCCAGGGCUCACCUGGGUUGCCAGGUCCUCGUGGAAAACCUGGACCACAGGGUAAACCCGGUGACAAAGGCCCCGAUGGUUUAUCUGGCCCUCCUGGUCCGGAGGGCUUUCCAGGUGACAUUGGCCCACCAGGUCAAAAUGGCCCUGAGGGUCCAAAGGGGAAGUCAGGUUCAAGAGGUUUACCAGGUCCAAGAGGAAUACCUGGACUUGAGGGUGAUGAGGGACCACUUGGGCCAGCUGGAGCCCCUGGACCCGAGGGCAGACCUGGGAGGGAGGGAUUCCCUGGAAAGACAGGCCCAGAUGGACUCAAGGGCGAGACCGGGAUAACUGGCGAGGUCGGAAAGCUUGGCGAGAGGGGACUCCCUGGGUUCAUCGGGCCUGUUGGUGAGCCAGGCAUACCUGGAGAAAAGGGGGACAGAGGGGAAAUGGGCCACCCCGGGCCACCAGGGGAAAAGGGGGCGAUGGGUCAUCCUGGAACGCCAGGAGAGAGCGGGCCACCCGGACCACUAGGGAUCCCAGGGCCUCCUGGUUCUCGGGGAGUUAUCGGCAUCAGAGGACCUAAAGGCAGGCGGGGUCCAAGGGGUCUUGAUGGCCCAACAGGAGAGAAAGGGUCUAAUGGACUGAUGGGCCCCGAUGGUCCACCAGGAAAAUUGGGCUUCCCUGGGGAAAUGGGAAAGAUUGGAGAGUCAGGUGAAGCUGGGCCUAAGGGAUUUCCAGGUGUUCAAGGACCCUCAGGACCUCCGGGAGCAAAAGGAAUUGCAGGAGAGCCGGGUCCAACAGGGCCACCAGGAACAAUCGGCCCCCUGGGUGAGAUGGGACUGAAGGGGCCACCAGGGAAGGUUGGGGAGCGGGGCCUGCCUGGCGAACCCGGACAGAAGGGUGAUAUCGGUCCAGCUGGAAACAUCGGGGAGCAGGGCUUGGUGGGCCAGAGAGGCGAGCCAGGCCUUGAUGGGGAGGCUGGACCAGGUGGACCUGACGGAGCCAAGGGUGACAAGGGGGAGGCUGGACCAGAUGGUGCUAAAGGAGACAGGGGUGCAAUUGGGCUGAAAGGAAAGGAAGGACAUCCUGGGCCUCCUGGACUGGUGGGUGUGAGGGGUCAAGAGGGUAAACCAGGCAAAAUUGGUGAAAGAGGAAAACCAGGAGAAAAGGGCAGCAAAGGUCACCAAGGGCACCUGGGCGAGACUGGGCCAAUCGGCGAACAGGGAGAGCCGGGGUUUGUGGGGCAGAAGGGAGCCAGAGGAACCAUUGGACCAGUGGGCGCUCCAGGGAGGAUGGGCCAACAAGGGGAGCCAGGCAUACCGGGUUAUGAGGGUCACACAGGGCCACAGGGUCCAAUGGGGCCUCCUGGACCAAAAGGUGAAAAGGGUGAACAGGGGGAGGACAGCAAGGUGGAAGGGCCUCCAGGUCCCCAAGGUGACAGAGGUCCUCCCGGAGACAGAGGAGACAGAGGAGAACCCGGCGACCCCGGCUACAUUGGUCAAAUAGGUGUUGAUGGAGAGAGAGGUGACGCUGGUGCCCCAGGGCUUCCUGGACAUCCCGGGCCAAAUGGACAACAAGGGCCUAAAGGAUCCAAAGGUGAUCAAGGUCGGAAAGGAAAAUCAGGGCCAAGAGGUGUGACUGGGACCAAAGGACCACCAGGUCCAGAGGGUCCUCCUGGCCCACGGGGGGUGAUGGGCAGGGAGGGACUUGAGGGCCAGCCUGGAAUAGAUGGACCACCUGGUAAAGAUGGAAGCAGGGGACUCAAGGGGGAACAAGGAGAAGACGGAGAAUUUGGCUUACCUGGCAAACCUGGGCAGCAGGGUAAAACUGGUGUACUAGGGCUUCCUGGAAGUCAAGGCUCAUUUGGUCCCAAGGGUGAGAGGGGUCUCCCUGGCCAAUCUGGGCCCACAGGGAAGAGAGGUUUCAUCGGUGGGAUGGGAUUUCCAGGAAAACAAGGAGACCAGGGAACCAAAGGGCAACCAGGGGAUACUGGUGAACAAGGAUUUCCAGGGUUUCUGGGUUUAUUCGGGCCAAAGGGACCUCCAGGAGACUUAGGCCCCGCAGGGAUACAGGGACCAAAAGGACCACGUGGCUUGAUGGGUAUGGAGGGAGCUAUGGGCCCCGUUGGCAUCAGUGGCCCCAGUGGUCGUCCCGGACCCCAGGGUGACAAAGGAAGUCGGGGGGAGACGGGGUUGCGAGGACCGAGGGGCCCCCCUGGUCCUCGUGGACCGCCCGGACCAUCAGGGCUUCCUAGUUCACCUCUUUCAGUUAGAAAGGAGGCUCUUGGUGCUGCCUUUCAAGUCAUCAUUGAUUCCCAUGCUGCGCUUAAGUCGGAGAAUUAUCAGAGCAUGGACCUGCCGAUGUUAGACCAGGGCACGGAGAUCUUCAAGACCCUGCAGCACCUCAGCACCCUGAUUCAAAGCUUGAAGAACCCGCUCGGUACCCGUGACAAUCCCGCGCGAAUCUGCCGAGACCUCCUAGACUGUGAGCAGCAGAUGUGCGAUGGCACUUACUGGGUCGACCCAAACCUUGGCUGCUCUGCUGACACUGUGGAGGUGACAUGUAACUUCACUGCCGGAGGACAGACUUGCCUGAAGCCCGUCACAGUUUCCAAGUUUGACACAGGAGUGGGCCGUAUCCAGAUGAACUUCAUCCAUCUUCUGAGCUCUGAGGCCGUGCAGCACAUCACCAUCCACUGCCUGAAUGCUCCUGUGUGGGCAGCGGGACCCUCCCUGCGGCCUUCAGCCAAGGCUGUGGGCUUCAAGGCCUGGACCGGGGAAAAGAUUCAGGCAGGAGACCUUCUGGAGCCACUCAUACCCAGGGACGACUGCUGGAUCAGAGAUGGCCGCUGGCAUCAGACCCACUUUAUCUUCCAGACCCAGGAUCCAAACUUGCUCCCCAUUGUGGAUGUGUACAAUCUGCCGAUCACAGAGCCUGACUCGCGCUAUCACCUGGAGGUUGGACCGGUGUGCUUCUUGUAGGGCACCUGUGGAGGCCUCGAGCGCUCCUCAAAGGAAUGACUGCGUGGGGGAGGGUGGACAGGGGAGACUGGUGCUUC